AUGACUCAGUUCCCUGUUGUGCUUGAUCUCGGAAGUCAUACCUUCAAAGUGGGACUAGCCUCGGAAGAUGCUCCCUCGAAUAUUGUGCUGAAUCGUUUGGCUCAAAAUAAAAACGACACAAAUUCAGAAAUAAUGAUCGGUGAUUUGAUACCUGUUGGUAAUUGGAAUAGAUAUUGGAGAGGAUUGACUCGAUUGAUAUUUCCUGUUCAGAGUGGAAUGAUUUCGGAGGAGAAAUAUUUAAAUGCAAUCAUGAAACAUUUGUUUUAUAAUGAAUUGAGAGUUUCACCUGAUGAGUCGAGUUUAUUGAUGAGUGAAUGUCCUGCUGUGAGUGUUGAGGAAAUGCCAUCCUAUCGGAGGAAAAUGAUAAAUUACUUGAUGGAGGAUUUGAAUUUGAGAGAGGUGAGCUUUAUUCCAACAUCGACUUUGUCUGCAUUCGCCCAAGGAGAAUUGAAUGCAGUGGUUGUGGAAAUUGGAGAAGAGACUAAUCAUGUCUCUUCGGUCGUUGAGGGAAGGACAGUAUCUGAAUCAAUGAUGAGAAUGAAUUCAAUAUCUGGACUCGCUCUUUCUGAACACAUGUCAAAUAUUUCACAAGUCUAUGCUACUCAACGAGAGAUUAGAGAAUAUGGAAUUGGUGAAAUGAAAAAAGAUUACAUGUACGUUGCCCUUGAUUAUGAAAAGGAGAUGGAACAGUUCAAUUCUCAAGCUAAACUUCAAACAAAAUCAUACGAUUUACCAAGUAGUGGACCUGUAGAAGUUCCAUUUACUGCUGAGGCAUGUAAAUACACUGAGGCAUUAUUUAAUCCAAAUAUUAUUGGAAUAGAGAAUGGUAUUGGAGUUCAUGAAUGUAUUUUACAAUCUAUCAAGAAAGUGAAUAGUGAUUCAGUCGAAAGCAAGCUGUAUAGAAGUAUUAUUCUCAGUGGAGGAUCUACCUUAUUAACUGGAUUUGACACCCGACUUAGGGAAGAAAUGAUAGAAUUAAUACCAGAUAGUAAGAUAAGAGCCUCUCCAGAAAGAGGCAAUCUUCCAUGGAUUGGUGGUUCCAUAAUUGGUUCAAUGUCCAAUUUCCAAGAAAAAUGCAUAACAAGAGAUCAAUUCUUAGAGGAAGGCAUUGAUAUGAUUUUACAAAAAUUUCAACUAUUAUAA